UCACUCUUGUCCCACUUCUUCGAGGUCUACUCAGUGAACGCGGCUCCAUGGCUCUGCGGUUCUUAGAAAUCAUCUUCUUCCUUUACUUCGCUUCUCACAUUCCCAUAACUCUGUUCAUCGACCUGCAGGCGCUGCUUCCCGACGUCGUAUAUCCUCAGCAGCUGAAGGACCUUCUCAGGUGGUAUGCCGCUGAGUUCAAGGACCCCAUGGUGGUGGACCCCCCAGAAUGGUUCAAAUCAUUCGUGUUCUGCGAGGCUCUUCUGCAAACACCUUUCUUCCCCGUGGCAGCGUUUGCUUUUCUAAAAGGCAGUUGUAAGUGGAUCAGGACUCCAGCCAUCAUAUAUUCCACUCAUGUGGCUACCACACUGAUACCCAUCUUGGGCCACAUCCUCUUCUAUAAGUUCCCUAUGGAACCCCAUCCUGGUCCUCAAACCAUGCGGGAGCGAUGGAUGCUAAUAUCCAUCUAUGCGCCGUACCUGGUGGUGCCGCUGCUCCUGCUGCUCACCAUGCUGACCUCCUCCACUUACAGCCCUGCCUCCAGAUCAGCCAGCAAGUCCAAGAAGAAGAAGUGAAUGAAGUCUGUAUUUCACAGAUCCAGACUGUGCUGUUUUUAACCAUGUGAUAAGUUGUUGUAUUUCAAUGGUUUCGUGACCAACCAUCUGAUUUCUCACCAAGACAUGGUUAAAGUCCUUGUUGCAGUUGUCUUCACACUUGCAUAAGUAAACAUUUUUACUUAA